AUGGCCAUCCACUACAGCGAGGCCCCCCCGGCCGACCAGCAGACGACCCCCGCCGCCGCCGCCGCCGCCGCCAGCAGCGACGACGCCGGGCUCUUCUCGCUCGACCUCGUCUCCCCCGACAUCGCGGCCCAGCUCCCCGACGGCUACCGCGUCCGCUCGCUGCGCAAGUCCGACUACGACUCGGGGUACCUCGACUGCCUGCGCGUCCUCACGACCGUCGGCGACUUUGACAGGGACGCCUGGCACGCCCGCUACGACGAGUUCGCCGCCGCCAAGGGCACGUACUACAUCCUCGUCGUCGAGGACGGCGAGGGCAGGGUCGUCGGCACGGGCGGGCUGAUUGUCGAGAGGAAGAUCGUCCACAACCUCGGCUCGGUCGGCCACAUCGAGGACAUCGCCGUCGCCAAGGACCAGCAGGGCAAGAAGCUGGGCCUCCGCAUCAUCCAGGCACUCGACUACAUCUCGGAGAGGGUCGGGUGCUACAAGAGCAUCCUCGACUGCAGCGAGAAGAACGAGGGCUUCUACAUCAAGUGCGGCUUCAAGCGCGCCGGCCUGCAGAUGGCGCACUACUACGAGGACGGCAAGAGUAAAGCCACCUGA